GACCCGCAGCCAUAGAGACACAAUGGAGAUGCAGUGUUAAUGUAAAUAGCAGGUGCCUGUUCUUGCAAUUAUCACAAAGCAUUUUUAGUGUCAUUCAAAUUCCAUCAAUGUAAUGGUAGUGCGGUUGUUGUCGGACUGCUUGCAGCUAACUAACUGUUUUUUCCCCCCGCUAACAAAUCAGCUUGGUUAGUGACAUAUACAGCCCCGUUAGCUAGUUAGCUAGCUAGCGAAGAACCUGCUUCUGCUCUGCUACUGGGAUUUUUCCUGCUAGAUAUUAUAACUGUCUAGCUAAUCUUUCUCAGGGGUAUUAUGGAGUUUCCUUUUGAUAUUAACCAGUUAUUCUCCGAGAGGGUCUCCAUCUUGGACCAGACCCUUUUUGCAGGUCGUAAAGCAGUAGGAAGGCCAGAUCUACAAGCCCACAUAGCCACAGUUAUUGAUGAACUUGGGAGAGCCUCAGCAAAGGCCCAACAGCUCACAGCACCUAUAACAAGUGCUUCUAAGCUGCAGUCCCAGAGGCAUCAGCUCUACCUGCUGAAGGACGGAGAGAGCAAUGGAGGACAUGGUGUGGUCGUGGGAUUUCUGAAGGUCGGCUACAAGAAGUUAUUUCUGCUCGACCGCCAGGGUGCGCACGUAGAGGCAGAGCCACUGUGUGUUUUGGAUUUCUACGUAGCAGAGAACGUGCAGCGACAUGGCUACGGGCUGGAGCUGUUUGACUUCAUGCUGCAGCACAAGAACUUAGAGCCAGUUCUGAUGGCUUAUGACAGGCCCUCACCCAAAUUCCUGUCUUUCCUGGCAAAGCAUUACUGCUUGACACAGAGUGUUCCUCAGGUCAAUAACUUUGUGGUGUUUGAGGGCUUCUUCAUCAACAGAUCAGCGGCCCAGUUGAGAAAGGUCCCCCUAAAAAAGCCGGACGGAGAGAUCAAACCCUACUCUUUAAUGGAGAGGGAAGUGGUACGCCAGGAGCAGAUGGCUCGUCCCUGGCCGUUUGCUCCUCCUCACUCGCCCCAGCGGUCGGUGUCCGCCCAGUGUUCCCACUCCCUCAGCGUGGGAUCCUCCCCGAGCAGGGCCUCUCGAGCCGCCCCAGCUUCUGCCCCUGGGGGCAACAGGAAUCAGAGGCCACAGUCCCCUAUCAUCGAGUCCUGCAGGACAAGACGCGCCAGCCAACAGGGUCUAGUUGCCAGAUGCAGCCUGUACAGUCGGCACAUGGACAGCAGAGCUGCUGGACUGCUAGGCAGACACUUGCCAGGUCUGAGACCAGUGGGAGAUCAGUCAUACGCACUGGGAUACACAGACACACACAAGUUGGCCAGUAUUCACACACCACAAACCAGGUCCCAGCCUUCACUUCCACCUCUGUCUGCAUCCAGGAAGGAUGGCAUCUGCAGCCAGACCUCCUUAGACAGCAGAGAAACACACCUGGAUACAGAUGCUGAAGCCUGUGGUGCUGAACAGGAGAUCAGUGUGUUGGACCGUCCGCAGCGUCCAGCAGGAGACAUGCUGGUCCACCAGAGACAUCGGUUGGAGAAGGAGAGUGACAGAAGCAGACAAGGCUGGUCGUGGACUGUUGGAGAGAACUGCUACACCUCCCAGUGGGUGAAGCAGAAGCAGGAAUACAGGAGCACCCGGCCCUGGUGAUCGGUUCUGUGAUGAUUACCAUCAUUCAGACAUUAUUAAAAUGUUGCUGCAAAAAAUGUAAUUUGGUGCUGAAUUCUAGAACAAUUCACUGUUUUCAGACAAAUAGGUGCUGAAGCAGAAGUUCUGUGUGAUAUUCAGGACCUUCAGAAUCAUUGAUGCAAUGAAUUCUUGGUCAAGUGCCGAGACCUCUAGCUUUCAAACUUCACUUCAGGGUCCAAACUCAGUUAACUGUACACCAGGUCAUCUUAACUGGCUAACCAAACUGGUGCUAGGAGCCAAACAUGGAUGCCAACAUCCAAACCCUUUGAAAAUGUUGUUCUAAAGCUGUGUUAAAGCAGCAAGUGGGAAAUGGUAACUCAGUACAGUACUUUGGGUUGCUGCUUAGGCUAAAGGUUUCAGUAUGCUUUAGACAAAGUGCUUGUCAGAUUGUGUAACAGCGUCUGAAACCCCCCUUCCAGAAGCAGAAUUGGAAGGCUGCAUCCAAUCAUUUUGUAAGAUGAAGCCAGUCAGAUGAAUACAUUCGAGCUGCAGUGAAUCCAGAACACUUCAUUGUAGCAUUUGGGAUCAGAAUAAUGUACAUAUAACAUAUAUUAAAUGUGUUUCAUGCUUUGAAGGGAGUGCUUGUCGAACUGUCAUUCUAAACGUGGGAUCAGGGAGUGGCUGUGUCCUCUGUGUAUUAGCAGGCCACAACAUAUGCUGAAGGCCUUCAUUGCCAACAAGAAGAAAAGGAUCAAGGCUUACUCAACCUUGCUGUGCUUGACUAAUUUUCCGCCAUCGCUCCACAGAUGACUGUCCCCAUCUGUAUGACUUGAUGGUGCUGAGAUCACAAAGACGCACAGAAGACACAGUUGUUGGAGAGAGAUCAGUGGGAUGCUGCCUGAAGGAGGCUAUGACAGCAGGCUUUUCACCUCACCUUUGUCACAUGGUUCGUUUGAAGCAUACUGAGACCUUUACCCAGAGCAGGAAUGUUUGCAACAUUUGUUUGUAAAUGGCUGGUUUACCGGCCAUUUAUAAGUGAAACUAGGCUUGUAAACAAAAGUUGUGGGUUUCUUUAAGUAGCUUGAGUCAUCACACUUGGUGUUUGCACCGGUUAGUAACAGUGACAUAACCCUAGAGGCACAUAGCCACGGAACUUUGUUCCCAAAACAGCACAAUGAAAGCUGUGGACUGGGUGGAGAAUUUCCAUUCACUUCACAUCCAGCAUAUUGGGGUGGAGGCACCACGUGGCUAAGUGAGAAAAUAUUUUUUUUGAUUGCUGUGUUAACUGACCUUUAACCUUGACUUUCCAAGCAGGCUUCUCAGAUGUCAUCAUCUGCUUUAUACUCGUAAUCCCUUUUGGAGUCAUUCCUUGAAUAUGUUCUUGGAUUUUCAGGCAUUUGGUGCUAAACAGCAUUGUUGUGUCUAGUCCAAACACUCUGAACCAAAGGAGGAGACUCUAGGAUUCAUAGAAGCUGGGAAUUUUUUUAUAUAAUGCAAAAUAAUGUGCUUGAAUCAGUGUGGAAGUCAAUAUUCUGUGGUCACUAGCGUCCAUCUGAUGUAGUGGUGGGUUACAACAGAAUUGCUGAAAAGAACAAAGUGACCGUUUGGCUGUUGAGUGGAACCACCUGGAUCGGGCAUUUUGUAGACGGAAACAAGAAAAAGCAAGACAUGCACAAGUUGUGAGGAACAUUUAAGCUUAAGUUCCUUCAGGCUGUGAAGAAGUCUUCCUUUACAUGGUCAGGGCCGCGGCAGAAGCACUGUACACUGCAUACAGAGAUGUUUCCUACUGCAUUUCUGUCAGUAAUAAACUACAAAAACAA